GCUACCUCUGAGCGUCCCGCGCGCUCACACCCACCCUCGGCCACUCUCGCCGGGUCCCGGGCGCGGCGCCCCCUGCACCCGCGGCUCGGCCAGCGGACCCUCACCUUGCGCAGCCCGCUCCCCUCGCCCCUCCUCUCCCCUCCCGGGCCCCGCGCUCCCCACCCCCACGCCCGCCCCCUCCUCCCCGCGGCUUUCGGCUGGGGUCUGGGGCCGCUCAGCCGCCCGCAGAACUUCCUCUCCUGCAACCGAGUUUUCCUCCUCCCCGCCUUUCCCGGGCUCUCGGCAGUUCUCGGGGGAGCCCGAGCGCGCGCAGGCGGCCGCACCGGGCGAGCCGCACGGCCGGGGGCGGGGGCCGGUCGCGCCGGCUCGGGCCCGCGAUGGCGGGGGCCUGGCUCAGGUGGGGGCUCCUGCUCUGGGCAGGGCUGCUCGCGUCGUCGGCGCACGGCCGGGUACGGAGGAUCACGUACGUGGUGCGCCCGGGCCCCGGCCUGGCGGCGGGCGCCUUGCCGCUGGGCGGGCCCCCGCGCCCGCGGACCUUCAACGUCGCGCUCAACGCCAGGUACAGCCGCAGCUCGGCGGGCGCCGGGGCCCCCAGCCGCGCCUCCCCGGGGGCGCCCUCGGAGCGGACGCGGCGCACGAGCCAGCCCGGCGGCGCGGCCCUGCAGGGGCUCCGGCCGCCACCGCCACCGCCGGAGCCGGCGCGUCCCGGGGGCCCCGGCGGGCAGCUCCACCCCAAGCCCGGCGGUCACCCGGCGGCCGCCCCGAUCGCCAAACAAGGCAGGCAAGUCGUACGCUCCAAAGUGCCGCAGGAGACCCAGAGCGGCGGGGGCUCGAGGCUGCAGGUUCACCAGAAGCAGCAGCUGCAGGGGGUCAAUGUCUGUGGAGGGCAGUGCUGCCAAGGCUGGAGUAAGGCCCCUGGCUCCCAGAGGUGCACCAAACCAAGCUGUGUUCCACCGUGCCAGAACGGAGGGAUGUGUCUCCGGCCUCAGCUCUGUGUAUGUAAACCAGGGACCAAAGGCAAAGCCUGUGAGACGACAGUUGCCCAGGACACCUCAUCACCAGUCUUUGGAGGGCCGAGUCCCGGGGCUGCUUCCUCCUGGGUCCCUCCUGAGCAAGCAGCAAAGCACACUUCAUCUAAGAAGGCAGACACUCUCCCGAGAGUCAGUCCCAUGGCUCAGAUGACCUUGACCCUCAAGCCGAAGCCUUCUGUAGGACUCGCCCAGAAGAUACAUUCUCAAGUGACACCCCUUUCCUCACAAAAUGUGAUGAUUCAUCACGGCCAGACCCAGGAAUAUGUGCUCAAGCCCAAGUAUUUUGCAGCCCAGAAGGUGAUUUCAGGAGAGCAGUCCACGGAAGGCUCGUUCCCUUUAAGAUAUGGGCAGGAUCAAGUGGCGGCGCCUUUUCAGUUGAGUAACCACACUGGCCGUAUCAAGGUGGUCUUUACUCCGAGCAUCUGUAAAGUGACCUGCACCAAGGGCAGCUGUCAGAACAGCUGUGAGAAGGGGAACACCACCACUCUCAUUAGUGAGAAUGGUCAUGCUGCCGACACCCUGACGGCCACGAACUUCCGAGUGGUAAUUUGCCAUCUUCCGUGUAUGAAUGGCGGCCAGUGCAGUUCAAGGGACAAAUGCCAGUGCCCUCCAAAUUUCACAGGGAAGCUUUGUCAGAUCCCGGUCCAUGGUGCCAGUGUGCCUAAACUUUAUCAGCAUUCCCAGCAGUCAGGCAAGGCGUUGGGAACGCAUGUAGUCCACUCGACACAUACCUUGCCUCUGACCAUGACUAGCCAGCAAGGAGUCAAAGUGAACUUUCCUCCCAACAUAGUCAAUAUCCACGUGAAGCAUCCUCCUGAGGCUUCAGUCCAGAUACAUCAGGUUUCAAGAAUUGAUGGCCCAACAGGCCAGAAGGUAAAAGAAGCUCAACCAAGCCAAACCCAAGUCUCAUACCAAGGGCUUCCUGUCCAGAAGACCCAGACAGUACAUUCCACAUACUCCCAUCAGCAAGUCAUUCCUCAUGUCUAUCCUGUGGCUGCUAAGACGCAGCUUGGCCGUUGCUUCCAGGAAACCAUUGGGUCACAGUGUGGCAAAGCGCUCCCUGGCCUUUCAAAGCAGGAGGACUGCUGUGGAACCGUGGGUACCUCCUGGGGCUUUAACAAAUGCCUGAAGUGCCCCAAGAAGCCGUCUUAUCAUGGCUAUAACCAAAUGAUGGAAUGUCUACAAGGUUAUAAGCGGGUUAACAACACCUUUUGUCAAGAUAUUAAUGAAUGCCAGCUACAGGGUGUGUGCCCUAAUGGUGAGUGUUUGAAUACCAUGGGCAGCUAUAGAUGUACCUGCAAAAUGGGAUUUGGGCCAGAUCCUACCUUUUCAAGUUGUGUUCCGGAUACCCCUGUGGUCUCUGAAGAGAAAGGGCCCUGUUACCGACUUGUCAGUUCCGGAAGGCAGUGUAUGCACCCUCUGUCUGUUCACCUCACCAAGCAGCUCUGCUGUUGUAGUGUGGGCAAGGCCUGGGGCCCACACUGUGAGAAAUGUCCCCUUCCAGGCACAGCUGCUUUUAAGGAAAUCUGUCCUGGUGGAAUGGGUUAUACGGUUUCUGGCGUUCAUAGACGCAGGCCAAUCCAUCACCAUGUAGGUAAAGGACCUGUAUUUGUCAAGCCAAAGAACACUCAACUUGUUACUCAUCCUCCACCUCUCCCAGCCAAGGAAGAGCCAGUGGAGGCCCUGACCAUCUCCCGGGAACACGGGCCAGGAGUGGCGGAGCCAGAAGUGGCAACAGUACCCCCUGAGAAGGAAAUACCUUCACUGGAUCAAGAGAAAACCAGACUUGAGCCUAGUCAGCCCCAGCUAUCUCCAGGCAUUUCCACUAUUCAUCUGCAUCCACAGUUUCCAGUAGUGAUUGAAAAAACAUCACCUCCUGUGCCUGUGGAAGUAGCUCCCGAAGCUUCUACAUCAAGUGCCAGCCAAGUGAUUGCACCUACUCAAGUAACAGAAAUAAAUGAAUGUACUGUGAACCCUGAUAUCUGUGGAGCAGGACACUGCAUUAACCUGCCUGUGAGGUAUACCUGUAUAUGCUACGAAGGCUACAAGUUCAGUGAGCAACAGAGGAAAUGUGUUGAUAUUGAUGAAUGCACUCAGGCCCAAAACCUCUGCUCCCAGGGACGCUGUGAAAACACCGAGGGAAGUUUCUUGUGUAUUUGCCCAGCAGGAUUUAUGGCCAGUGAGGAGGGUACUAACUGCAUAGAUGUUGACGAGUGCCUGAGGCCAGAUGUAUGCGGGGAAGGGCACUGUGUCAAUACCGUGGGGGCCUUCCGGUGCGAAUACUGCGAUAGCGGCUACCGCAUGACCCCGGGAGGCCAAUGCGAGGAUAUUGAUGAAUGUUUGACUCCAAGUACCUGUCCAGAUGAGCAAUGCGUAAAUUCUCCUGGAUCUUACCAGUGUGUUCCCUGCACAGAAGGGUUCCGAGGCUGGAAUGGGCAGUGUCUUGAUGUGGAUGAAUGCCUGGAACCAAAGGUCUGCACAAAUGGUACUUGCUCCAACCUUGAAGGCUCCUACAUGUGUUCGUGCCACAAGGGCUAUGCCCCGACUCCAGACCACAAGCACUGUAAAGAUAUUGAUGAAUGUCAGCAAGGGAAUCUGUGCGUAAACGGGCAGUGCAAAAACACCGAGGGCUCCUUCAGGUGCACCUGUGGGCAGGGGUACCAGCUGUCAACAGCGAAAGACCAGUGUGAAGAUAUCGAUGAAUGCCAGCACCAGCAUCUCUGCUCUAAUGGGCAGUGCAGGAACACUGAGGGCUCCUUCCGCUGUGUUUGUGACCAGGGUUACAGAGCAUCUGCCCUUGGGGACCAUUGUGAAGAUAUCAACGAAUGCUUGGAGGACAAUAGUGUUUGCCAGGGAGGCGACUGCAUUAAUACUGAAGGGUCCUAUGAUUGUACUUGUCCAGAUGGAUUCCAGCUAAAUGACAACAAAGGAUGUCAAGAUAUUAAUGAGUGUGAACAGCCGGGACUCUGUGGUCCUCAUGGAGAGUGUCUCAACACAGACGGUUCUUUUCACUGUGUCUGUGAGCAGGGUUUCUCAAUCUCUGCAGAUGGCCGUACAUGUGAAGAUAUUGAUGAAUGUGUAAACAACACUAUUUGUGACAGUCACGGGUUUUGUGACAAUACGGCUGGCUCCUUCCGCUGCCUCUGUUAUCAGGGCUUUCAGGCCCCACAGGAUGGGCAAGGGUGUGUGGAUGUGAACGAAUGUGAACUGCUCAGUGGUGUGUGUGGUGAAGCCUUCUGUGAAAACGUAGAAGGGUCCUUCCUGUGUGUGUGCGCUGAUGAAAACCAGGAGUACAGCCCCAUGACUGGGCAGUGCCGCUCUCGGGCCUCCACAGACUUAGAUGUAGAUCAACCCAGAGAAGAAAAGAAAGAAUGCUACUAUAAUCUAAACGACGCCAGUCUCUGUGAUAAUGUGCUGGCCCCCAAUGUCACCAAACAAGAAUGCUGCUGUACCUCUGGUGCUGGGUGGGGAGAUAACUGCGAGAUCUUCCCCUGCCCGGUCUUGGGAACUGCUGAAUUCACUGAAAUGUGCCCUAGAGGGAAAGGUUUUGUGCCUGCUGGAGAAUCCUCUUAUGACACUGAUGGCGAGAACUAUAAAGAUGCAGAUGAAUGCCAACUCUUUGGACAAGAAAUCUGCAAAAAUGGCUUCUGUUUGAACACUCAGCCUGGUUAUGAAUGCUACUGUAAGCAAGGGACGUACUAUGAUCCCGUCAAAUUGCAGUGCUUUGAUAUGGAUGAAUGUCAAGACCCCAACAGUUGUAUUGAUGGCCAGUGUGUUAAUACAGAAGGGUCUUAUAACUGCUUCUGUACUCAUCCAAUGGUCCUGGAUGCUUCAGAAAAGAAAUGUAUACGACCAACUGAAUCACAUGAACAAAUUGAAGAAACUGAUGUCUACCAAGAUCUGUGCUGGGAACAUCUGAGUGAUGAGUAUGUGUGUAGCCGGCCCCUUGUUGGCAAGCAGACGACUUACACUGAGUGCUGCUGUUUGUAUGGAGAGGCCUGGGGUAUGCAGUGUGCUCUCUGCCCUAUGAAAGAUUCAGAUGACUAUGCCCAGCUGUGUAACAUCCCGGUCUCGGGACGCCGGCAGCCAUAUGGACGGGAUGCUUUGGUCGACUUCAGUGAGCAGUAUGCUCCAGAAGCUGAUCCCUACUUCAUUCAGGACCGGUUUUUAAAUAGCUUUGAGGAGCUGCAGGCUGAAGAAUGCGGCAUCCUCAACGGAUGUGAAAAUGGCCGCUGUGUGAGAGUGCAGGAAGGUUACACCUGCGAUUGCUUUGAUGGGUACCACUUGGAUAUGGCCAAGAUGACCUGUGUCGACGUCAACGAAUGUGACGAGUUGAACAACCGGAUGUCUCUCUGCAAGAACGCCAAGUGUAUCAACACUGAAGGUUCCUACAAGUGUUUGUGUCUGCCAGGCUAUGUCCCUUCUGACAAGCCCAACUACUGCACUCCGUUGAAUACCGCCUUGAAUUUAGAAAAAGACAGUGACCUGGAGUAAAAGAGAAUCUACAUAAUCGAAGCCCAUAUACCCUGCACUGUGUAAAGGAAAAGAGAGAAAUGUAUUAUACUUGAGACAUUGCACCUAAACCUGGAAUGUUGGCAGUAUGGAAACAUCAUGGCAUUGCAUGCUCUCAGAAGAGAAUGAGAGGAUUCAGUGUGAGCCUGACUGGUGUGACAGACCAAAUGGACAUUUCUCUGAAAAACCAGUAUAUAUAGUCUGUUCAUAUGUAAAAUUCAGUGGAAAAGAGGCGGAACAGUGCUAUUAUUUUAAACAGAAGGUUGUAUUAUUAUGUCGUUUUGUUUUUUACUAUUGCUUGAUUAAAUUUGGCAUUUAAAUAGUGGUGGAAAUAUUUUAUAUAAUUUUCAUUUUUUUGUUGUGCAGUUCCUUGGCUACUGUUUUUCUUCAGAUUUUUUUUUUUUUUUAAAUCUCAAGUGCAAAAGUCUUUGAUGAAAUAUUGUUAAACUGUAUUAUAAGUGUUGUUACACAGGGUUAUGCUAUUCCUGGUCUGGAGCAUUUUUAAAAUCCAAAUUGUCUGUCCUGUGGAGCAGGCAGUGAUUUUUGUUUCAAAACUUUUAUACACAUUUGGAGAAAAGUACUUUAUAUUUACGAUGUAUUGUCUGAUUUUAAUGUCCAUUCUUAGCCAAGCUGCUAUUAGGUGUCAAUUGGAUCCUUUUCCUACAUUAAAAUGGAAGAACUAAUGAGCUUACAUUAGUAUUGUAAUGUGUAAAGUAAACCCAGCAAAAUUUUUUGAAAACUUGAUGAUCCCAGUAUAUUUACCAUUGUAUGUUAAAGCAAAAUAAAUCACCAUUUUUUUAGAAAAAAAUUCUGAGA